AUGGACGAGGUCAGCCCUUUCGCAGAGCUCUUGGGCCAGGUCAUCUACCACCUCACAGCUAUCAAGCCUCUGGUGCCCACUUAUGCACAUCUUCUUGUUUCAGCACUGUUUCCGAUCUAUAUUGGCGCCCAUGCAUCACUCUCGAAACCAUCAUCCGCCGCGAAGCCUCAAAAAGAAGAUGAUGACGAGUCAAAUAACGAAGAUGACGAAGGCCAGGGAAAGAUGGAAACUCUUCAACCAAGCGAUGCGUUGAUGUUUCCUUUGACUGCGGGUUUCACACUUGGAGGACUGUACCUGGUGAUCAACUAUAUGGGCGCCGAAUUGCUGAACAAGAUACUGGGUUUCUACUUCUCUCAAAUGGGCAUGUUCUUUGCUUGUGCCUUUUUAAAGGAUGCUCUUUCAGUACUGAGGUCCUUUGUUUUCCCCCGGACGUACACAUAUGGAGACAAACUUUGGAAGGUUAAACAGUCGGAUCGUGUUUUCAAGGUGUCUUGUGAAGGUGCUAAUCCAGAGACUUCCGACGUCCGGCAUUCCCCUUUCCCUGGCAUCAUCAGCUCAAUCCCAUUGUCAGACACUGCUCUCAAGACCCUCUGGGCUGUUCGUAAUGUUGCCUACCGGAAAGCAAAAGUUCGGCUCAACAUAUACCGAAUCUGCAGAGCUGAAACUUCCGUGGACGCGCUGGACCUCUUCGGUUUCCUGCUGGCCUUGCCCGCGGUUGGCUAUUUUACGUUUGUUGCAAAACCUUGGUGGUUGACCAAUUUCUUGGGUUUUAGUUUCUCUUAUGGAGCUCUGCAAUUCAUGUCACCGUCCACCUUCGUGACAGGAUCCCUCAUCCUGGGCUCGCUUUUCUUCUAUGAUAUCUAUUUUGUGUUUUUUACUCCCUUGAUGGUUACAGUUGCAAAAUCGUUGGACAUGCCGAUCAAGCUUCUGUUUCCACGCCCGUCAGGUCCUGAUGAACCCCCGGACACUGUUUCUUUAGCCAUGUUAGGUUUGGGCGAUGUUGUUAUUCCCGGAAUGAUGGUGGGACUGGCACUCCGAUUUGAUCUGCACCUCUACUAUGUGCGGAAAGGAUUUCAGAAAGCGAGAGCAGAAGGUAAUAGGGAAGAAUUCAUCAAGCCUGUCUACCAAUCCGCGACAGGGGGCUGGGGUGACCGAUUUUGGACUCGAUCCAUUGUACCGAAGGAACCAGAGUUGGAACCCCCAUACCAUGAUGCUCGCGUCUUCCCUAAGACAUACUUCAGAGCUAGUAUAAUUGGGUACGUAGCUGGAAUGAUCGCAACACUUGUUGUGAUGCAGUGUUUUGAUCAUCCUCAGCCGGCUCUUUUGUAUCUUGUGCCUGGAGUUCUGAUCUCCUUAUGGGGAACUGCUGCCUUCAAAGGGGAAAUAAAGCAUAUGUGGCAUUUCAGUGAUGGUGGAGAAGAUGAUGAUGAAGAAAAAGAAGAAGAAGAAACAGACGCCGGUAAGGAAGAGGAGAAAUCGGAUGAAGGCGACAACAAGAACAUCGGACUCUUCCGUCAGUUCUUCACGAGGGGCCAGAAAUUCAGCAAUAAGAAACCACAGUCUGAAAAGUCCUCUAAGGUGACUGGUAACGAGAAGAACGACGAAGCAAACGACAAGGAGUCUGAUACAGAUGGCAAAAAAGAAAGGGGCUUGGAUUUGUUUUCGGUGUCCCUUUAUCUGCCCCGCAAAGCCAGCUCUUCCAAGCCUGCUAAGACGGAAGAUUCAACUGAUGAUGCAACGAGCUCAUCUAAUGGUGCACAAUUUCCUGACGAUGAAGAGAACUGGGCUGUCAUUGGCGCUCAAGAACAACUUACAGAACGCCCUGCUAAGAGGCAACGGAAGAGUCCCAGACAUGCAGCGAAGGCUAUCGACAAUUAG